UUCUCUCUUAUUAUAUUUGUUCUUGUUGUGGUUUUUAUUCAAUCAUUGUUUUGACAAAGUUCUUUUUUAGUAAUGUAUUUUUUAGAAACCAACUUAGUUACAUAGAGUACAUUUAAGUAUGAAUUGACUUGUAGUCUACUUGUGACGGACUAGUAAUUACUUUUACGUUUAUUUUUUUCAUUGUUCUCUCUGCGUAAUUUCUGAUUUCUUGAUAAAUAUUGUAAUAAAUAAUAUCCUAAUGUCCAUGAGGAAUCACUGCUAAGAAUAUGGAGGGGCUGACUCAAAAUGAGAAGAUAAUAUGGUCGUGUUGGGAUGAAAAAUCACCACGGGAUGUUGCAAGAGAAGCUGCCGCGAAAGGCACCCAUAUCAACUUGGCGAUUAAGUAUCUAAUGGAAAAAAAUGUUUGGAAUGAGAUUACAGCUAAAGAUUGGUUCAUGGCGGAGGUCAAAGCAUGGACAGUCCAACUUCUGAUGAGAAAACAGAUAUUCAAAGUACUUCAUAUUUUAAACAAAGUGCAGGUAAAUCCUGAAGAACACUUAAUGACAUUAGCUCAAACUUCUGCCCAGAUUCAGUAUAGAGAUUUUAUAGUUGAACAUAUAGAAAAACUAUCAAAAGAUAUAUUACCAGAAAAUAUUAAUAAGUGGGAAGACUUUAAACGACACUGGAAUUUAUUGAGAUAUUUGGAGAAAUCAUUUGAGGUUGAUGGUACAUUUAAACAAAAUAAAGUUUUUGGUACCGGUACAGACAGAAUAAUAGUCAAUGAGAGUGAAAUCAAAGCUUUGACAAUAGAGAAUAUAGAGAAGUAUCCUGCAAAUUGGAAAAGUAAAAUUUCUACUACUCUUUUCUUUGAUACCUUUGAGUUUUCACUGUUAGACUUCUCGUCUCCUCUUGAAGUUUGGAAUUAUUUGGUAGAACAUAAUAAAGCUAUGGUCCUUGUUCGAUGGAUUAAUGUACAGACUUCAGAAGUGGUCCGUGACAUGAAUGCGCGCUAUAAUUUCUUCAACAAUGACAAUUUUUCAACAAGAAUGCUUAAUGUUGAUACUAAAGGGUUUGACAGUCAAGUACUUGAGAGAUUAGACAAAAUCUUUCGUAAUUGGCCUAUUAAUAAUGAAAUGAUAAACAGUGUUUCUAAAAGUAAUUGUUAUCCAUAUACAAAAAUGUGUAUUUAUGAUACAUUAUGCUCAUAUGGAAUUGUGAAUGAUGAUGAACGUAACAAUUUGUACCAAAUGAUAUCUAGAUUAGCCCGUACGGAGAAUUUAAGACUCAUAGAAGACAUUUUUACAGAAUCAUGUUCUACAGUAACCAAACAGCAAUUUUAUGUUGAACUUGCAAAAUACUGUGUGAAAAACAAGUUGUAUAAGGUACUCACAAUGUGUGUCGAAGGAAACAUAUUAGAUACAGAUCUGUCAGAUGUUGAACAGAAUGCUAAAGAUUGUAUUGAACUAUGGUUAUUAUUCAAAAGUAUUGAACAAACUUCAGAUCGACAGAGUCAUGUACUGCCAGUUUAUAAAACUUGCCAACAAAUAGCUAAAUCUGAUAUUGACGAAUACAUUUCGUCAAAUCCACAUUUAGUUCUUGGUAUGAUUUUACUAGAGGACAAUGCAAAAUUAUUUGAUAUAUUUUCUAAAGAUGAUUUUUUGCAAUUCAAGGAUUUUAAAUUGCCAAAUAAAAAAUAUAAAGAUAAACUUCCCCAUUUGCAUAAUGUUUUUAAGAAAUUUAAUGAUGAGAAUCAAACAUUUGAUAUAAAGGAUGUUAACGUUUAUCAAUUGCUUUCCGGUUACCGAGGUUUAGACGUGUCAAAAAUAUUUGAAUUUCAAUUAAUGAAUCAAAAUACCAAAAGUCUCAUCUCUGACAAACCUGAUAGGCGGAGUCUGGGCAGUCUAUUAUCUGAUGACAUUGAUGUCAAUGCAACUAGUAUAAAAACAUUAUCUCAAAGACCCAUAGAUAUGCCAGACUUUGCAAAUGAAAAGCUUAUGAAGAGAUAUGGGUAUGUUGCAAAAUUAAAUCAUGUAUACUAUUUAAAACAAUAUCGCCCUUGUAAUGCAAGUCAGGCGUUUGUCUCUCAGCAAUAUUCAACAUACAAUCGUCUUCAGGAUAAGAGUAUUAAAAGCGCUUGCUGUGAAGCGCACGCGUUGGCUUUACAGAACUGGUCUGAUCCCGCCAUGGCCGCCUGCGCGAUAUCUUUUGUUGCCAUGAUUGGUUGUAAUCCGACACGUUGUAGGGUUCACAUGUCUGCCGCUAAAAUGAUAAAAAACCACUUAACUUCAUACAAAGGUGCAUCGGAAGACAAGGCGAAUAGCAUUGUCAAUGAGUAUAUGUCCAAGCUGAUUCAGAGUAACGAAGACGUCGCACGUGAUAUACUACGCCACCUUGAAGAAAUAACGAUGUAUAAGUUGCGAAAACAACAAAGUACUGAUGGCAAAAUUGAUAUGGCUACAGUUUUGUAUGAAUCCCAAUCAAUGGUGAAAUUUGCUUUUUUACAUGGUUUGCCUCUGCCAGAGAUGCUAUUGAGGGAAUUCGUUAAAACUAACUCUUGGUUCAAUUUCCUCCUAUUUGGCGACGUAUUUCGGUACCCACUUCAUCAGAUGUUGCAAUUAUCGCAGGAAUUUGAAAAUAAAUCGUAUUCAGAGCACUUAAAAUAUAUAAUGCUUCACAAGAAUUUGGACGAUGGAUCUGAGAGAGAUAAUAAAUCUAGUUCCAGUAAUGGACAAAGAAGAACGUCCAGACUGAAUUCUACAGAUUCGAGCCCGUCGCAGGCGGUCGGCGGCGGCGGCGGCGGCGGCGGGUGGUGGCGGUGGGAGCGGGCGGCGGGCGGCGAGCUGUGGGAGGCGGCGGCGGCGUGCCACGGGCCCGAGGACCCGCCCGCCGCGCUGCUGCGGGCCGCGCGCCGCCGCCGGGAGCCGCUGCUGGCGCUCGUCGCCGGCUGCUACGAGCCAAACGCUGUGGAUGUGCUUUGGGUGCAAUGGGUGUUAUCAUCCAUUGGGUCAACUGAGCAAGAACUAAUAUUCUCGGAUACGUCACAAGAGGUCCCCGCUGAACAAUUUCAGCGUGUGGCCGAACUCUGCCUGCGGGAAGGCUACAUAUCCACCUUACAUGAAUCUAUGCUUAUAUUCAUGCCAGAAAGUCCUCUUGCACUACUAACAUCAUUCCUUCUUCGAUGUAUCCGCCAACGUAAUUUCGACUCUGAUACCGUGAAAAUACUGACCAGUUUUCUACAGCACUGUCAGCGCAAAUACAGCAAUGAUAAAUCUGGUCUUGGUUGGCAACUAUCAAAAGAUGCACUACAAAGAGUCGCCGUAUCUCUAGUCAAAAUAGCCCUCAGUCAGUGCUUUGAUAGUGCAUUCCAUCAAAGAGAGUUUUUAAGAUGUUUGUCCAUAGCGCAAUUUGACAAAGGGUUUACAGUGCCAACUCCGAAUUUCGGUGUUCUAUACGAAAUACUUCAAAUAUCUAUGGAAACGUCGUCGGUUGUGAACAUAUCUAAAAUGAUGCAAUCCGAUGCCGAACAAUAUUUAUCGGAGUGUGUCGAGAUGUACACUAACGAUCGCAGCUACGACGUCGCUCUCAAAAUAGCCAAGCUUGGUAACUUGCCUGUGAACAACAUAUUGAAAGCCGAAUGGACCAAUAAAUACGAAACAAUGCUCUCAAACGAAGAGUUAACUUUAGAUGACAAACAUUAUACUCUUUAUAUUGCACAGUGCAGUGAAGCUUUUAAAAAGGCAUCUGUUUCUUUCCAAGAUUCCACAGAUUAUUUGAUCGCUUAUGCCGAGCACAUAACAGAUAGUGUUCAGAAAUUCUAUUCUUAUAGAAUAAUCAUGAGUUGGUUCGAAGAUAAUCUCGAGUAUGGUUGUAGAAGAGAGGAAAUAGAGCAUCGAAUGUGGGACGCAUAUUUCCAAAGUGAGGUACAAACAGAUAUAUUUCUCAACAGUUAUGAGAGCACUAUUCAUUUUGUAUUGAAUGGUCAGAAAGAUGCGACUCUUUCAAGGAAGAUUGGCUUAAUACAUAUGGAGAAACCUUUCUCUUCUACUCUGAGUGAGAUAGAGAUUGCAUCUGACGUUGGUAAUAUUGAGAAUGUAGUUUUGCUGGAUGAUUCCGACGCCGUCGAUAGCUGGAGGAGAGUUAUGAAUGAACUUCUCGAGAUGCGACUAUUGGUGGAUGCAUUCCGUUUAUCUGCUUUAUUUAAGACACAACCUGAAUUUAGAUACAGACCGCCAGCUUGUCCUGUACAGAUCAUACGGACCUGCCUGAAGUUGGCUGAAGGGUUGUGCACGCCAUACGAUCUGCCACAGGAGUUAAGAUUAGUGAUAUCGUCGCCGUUGCUUCAAAAUAAAUUAACAGUGUCGGGCACAUCAGAUGCGAGCUUCGAGGAGUUAGUGGUGAUCCAAGAGAAGCCGGACAGCUCCCCGGAGAGCUCCCACUUGGCGGCUCGCGAGGAGGCCGACCGGCUGGCCGCGUUGGACGCGCUCGCUCUCCGUUCCGCCCUUGUCCUUGCCAAGCAGAUCGCCAGUUACUUCCGUAUAGCGUUGCAAAUAGGGUGGGACUACAAAUCCGUGCUCAAGUAUCAAAGCCGUUCUCUCGAUUUCAUUAACUUAGUGAGUGGCAGAGCUCGUAUGUCACUAGCGAAUCUUGUAUUCAAGACAUUCAAUUUACCAACAAAGCAGAUUUCAGAAUUCCUUUGCCACGAGUUAGUAGCAGCCAUUAUUUCGCCCCACCUCGUCAAAACAUCAACAUUUAGACAAAAAGAACAUUUUCAAUAUACACUAUGGGGUUACUCUCUCAGUUCAGAUAUGGAAAUGUUUUUGAACCUGCGACCCGACGCUUGCAGUCAGAUCGGCCAGCUCAUUCUAGAUCACUUGGUAGCCUUCCAGAAGAUAUACAAAGCAACAGCCUCCACUUCGUUCCCUGAGAAUGCUGUAGAUGACAGUUGUAUGGACGUAGAAACGUUGAUCGAUGACGAAUAUCAGAAUAUAGAAAGCGAUGGAGUCGAAUCUGUGCUAACCGAGGAAGGAACUCUAAUGUCUGUUGAUACGGAGUCGAUUUUUUCCGUUUCGACGGUUUACACUGCUGGUAUACGCAUGUCGAGAGAGACUAGACGGAAUCUAUUCGAUGUUAUGACGAGGAGUAACGUGCAUAUACGUUAUGAAGUUAAAUCGAAUGUAAGGAAAGUGACCAAAGGCGCUAAACUCUCGUCGAAACAGGUGAACAUAAUAAGCAUAGAGCUGCUGGUGGUGGCUCACGAGUGCUUCUCGUGCGCGUGCGACACGGAGGGCGUGGCGGUGGCGCUGCGGUCUGCGCAGGCGCUGGCCGGCCGCCUGCUGCUGGCGCGCUCCUGGCGGCUCAUGGUGCGCCUGCUCACCGGCCUCGCGCGCUACCAAGAGUGCGCCUACAUCUUUCAGGCAUUACGCGAUCAUCAUCAGUUCGAGUUCCUCCUUGGGCAAUUCGACUACAUGCUUGGUCAACAGUCUGAUAAAAUCGCAGAAUUCAAACAAGGACUACUCGACUUUUUGAAAACACACUGCCCAGGAGAUACCGAGUCGUACAUAAUGGUUGCGCUACACUUCAACAUGUACGCCGAAGCAGCUAACGUUAAGAGGAAACAAGCUUUAGAUUUGAUCAAGGACUUGGAGAAGAUGGCAUUAGAUGGCGCUAGAGCGGCGUCGAAGAAACCCUUCAAGGCUCCUAUGUGGUUAUUAAUCCAUGACACUGUACCGACCAGGUCGUUACUAGAGACUGCAUUGAAUCAUUGUACGGAUGCAUCAGAGUUGUAUCUCCAGGGUGGAUGUAUGGGUUUCGCCGGUGAUAUGGCGACUUUAGCGCAACAAAUCGCCUUACAGAUGUCGAUAUUGAACGCUUCGCCAACGAGGCUUAUACUAAAUAGGAAAACGGAACUGCUGUACAAACUUGUCAGCGAGUACUUGACGUUUAUGGAGGGGCUGGUGAUGAUGUCAGGACGCGGCGGGGAGGCGUGGCGGGAAUUGGCGUACCGCCGCGCACUCACCAACGAUCAGGCUUUCCUGCGGGACAUGGCAGCGUAUCGACCAGACGUUGCGUUGCAGUUCCUUGCCAGGUACAAGUUAGAGAAGAACAAAACUGCUGUAUCUGAGGCCGCCAUGACUGAGCUCAACAAUCUUUGUAGAUGAUAUAAAUUAAAACAUUAAGAUCUCUUACUUCUGAUAUAAUGCUCAUUACUUUCCAGAAUUCUAAUAUAAAUAUAAUUAAGUAAUUUUCUAUUAUGCCAAAAAUUUUAUUAUAUUAUGUAAAAUGCUUCUUUGAUUAAAUUUUUAUAUACGAUAUUAAUCAAAUUAUAUUUAAACUAAAUCAUUAUUGUUUCGCUGUGAUAUGUAUAGUCAAUUGACUGAA